CGAACACAACUUGAACCCCUCAAAACCCCUCUCUCAGGCUUCACGGGGGACACCGUUGAAGCUGAAGGAUCCAUAGUUCUACCGGUCGAACUAGGAUCAGGUGAAAAGACCGUGUGGAAGAAGAUGCGGUUCAUAGUUGUGGACAUCAAGUGCGUCCACAACGCAAUCCUAGGAAGGCCAGGCAUCAAUAAGGUCGGGGCGGUAAUUUCCAUGCCUCAUCUAUGCAUGAAGUUCCACACUCCAGGUGGUGUGAGUGAGGUGAAGGGCGACCAGAGGAACGCCCGGGAAUGCUAUGCCCGGGCAGUCAAGAAAAUGACCAGGGGGGUCAAUGUCAUCUCCCAAGAGAUCACAAAGGGAGAGACCCGGGAGAAACUGGAACCCGAGGCUGAGACGGUGGAAAUCGAACUUCACCCGGACUUACCGGUCAACAAGCUCACUGAGCAAUGGUGGGAGAUGGCAGUUGAUGGGGCAUCCGGUCCUAGAGGAUACGGGGGUGGUAUCGUGUUCACCACCCCAGAAGGAUUCAAGAUCUACCAUGCAAUCGUCUUCAACUUCAAGCUGACGAACAACGAGGCGGAAUAUGAAGCUCUGGCUGGAGGGCUCAGACUUGCCCAAGCCCUGAAAAUCAGCCGGGUCAGUAUCAAAUCUGACUCUAGCCUGAUAGUAGGGCAGGUGACCGUUGAUGGGGCAUCCGGUCCUAGAGGAUACGGGGGUGGUAUCGUGUUCACCACACCAGAAGGAUUCAAGAUCUACCAUGCAAUCGUCUUCAACUUCAAGCUGACGAACAACGAGGCGGAAUAUGAAGCUCUGGCUGGAGGGCUCAGACUUGCCCAAGCCCUGAAAAUCAGCCGGGUCAGUAUCAAAUCUGACUCUAGCCUGAUAGUAGGGCAGGUGACCGGUAACAUGGAAGCAAGGGAAGGACGCAUGGCACAAUACAAGGACCUUGUACUUGCCAUGUUGAAAGGCUUCGAAGAAUUCAAGAUCGCCCAAAUUCCCCGGGCGAAGAACGCGGAUGCAGACCUUCUCUCCAAAUUGACGCAAUAUGCUUCCGAGCAUGUUUCGAAACUUGCCCGGGUAGAGAUCCUUGACCGUGCAAGCAUCGAGAAAUUGGAAGUCGCCGCUAUAACGGCCGGAAGCCAGUUUGACCGGUCAAACUUGGUCGGGGCGGACGACCAUUGGAUGUAUGAUCUGAUGGAAUAUUUGACGGAUGGGAGUUUGCCAGAACAAGAUGACCGGGCAAGAAAAGUGAAGCUCAGGGCACCCCGAUUCCAGAUUCUUGAUGGAAAGCUGUAUAAAAGGGCAUUUGGGGGGCCACUCCUGAGAUGUCUAACCAACCGGGAAGCUGAGCGAGUCAUAGCGGAAGUCCACGAAGGCGUAUGCGCGGUGCAUCAAAUGUCCCCAAGGCUGCCCAUCGAAGUUGAAUUCCCCACGUUUCGGGAAUCAAACUAUCAACCCCAGCAGAAUGAGGUAGAUCACUUGGCCGAACUCAACUUGGUCGAAGAGCGGAGAAUGGCCGCGGAAGUCAAAAUGAGCACAUACCAACAAGUUGUGAAGAAGUACCAUGAUAACAAGGUCGGGCCGCGGUACUUCCAAGUUGGGGCUGAAGUCCUACGAAGAAGAGAAGCAAGUAGACUCGGCGACGGAGGAAAGCUAGCAAAAAACUGGGAAGGCCCAUAUAGGGUUAGGGCCAUCAUUCGCCCGGGGACAUACCGGUUAGAAACUCUUGAAGGGGUACCGGUAGAAAGAACCUGGAAUUCCCAUCAUCUUCGCAAGUUCUACAAAUGAUUGUAAUACUAGGCAAGGCCUACUUUAUUAUCAAUCAAACCGAUGGUGUUCAAUAUUCUAUUUGGUAGCGGCAGGAUUGAUAGGU